AUGGGUCAGUAUACAGGACAUUGCAACUGUGGCUCCAUCACAGUUGCGUUGAAAGUGAAGCCAGAGACCGUCAUUCUAUGCCAUUGUUCAAACUGCAAACGUGCGGGUGGCCCGUUCUCCAUGAAUCUGGUUAUUGAUGAGGGUCAAUACGAGUUGAAUGAUGCUCAGAAGUCUCUCUCAGAAUACCCGGACAAAAAUACAGAUUCAGGGAAUACCGUACACCGGCACUUCUGUAAGAACUGCGGAAGCCCGGUCAAGUCCGUAGCUUCCAGCUUUCCCGGAAAGGCGCUGAUCAAAGCAUCUUUGUUUGAUGAAAUUCCAACCAAGAAAAUGGAGGUUUACACUGAAAAGGCCUUCGUAUGGGAAUGA